GUAAUCGAGUUGUGACGAUAUUGACACUUGUUUGUUGGUUUUAAUCUUUCACUUUCCCUUAUCGAUGGCCUCAGGUUGUCCAUCCGCUAUUUUAUGCUACAACACCAAGUUGGUUGGUCCCCUCCUCAGUGUCAGCCCGACAUCUAACCCUCACACACUAUUAUCCUUAAUACCACCCAACCAUGGCAGCCAACCAACUUCCUUUGAGCAAAGACUCCAGCAUUCUCAUCAUCGGCGCCGGGACUUUUGGCAUCAGUACUGCGUACCACCUGGCCAAACGCGGCUACUCCAAUGUCACUUGCAUUGACCGAAAUCCAUUCCCGAGCGUGGACUCUGCCGGCAAUGACCUCAACAAGAUCAUCCGGACUGAGUAUGAGGAGCCUCUGUAUGUCGAGCUGGCACUGCAGGCACUCGAUGCCUGGAGGAGACCUGAGUGGGAAGGUAUUUUCCAUGAAACAGGCCGAUUGGUCAUUACAACAGGCAACGACCAGGCCGAGAAACAUCUGCAUGAAUCAUACGAAAAUCUCUCCAAGGUAGGCCAGGCUGGGAAAAUCGAGUUCGUGCAAGGCAAGGAGCAGAUCUUGCGCCACGUGCCUCAGCUGCGAGGCGCGCCAGGCAUUGAAAACUGGAAAGGCUCGUUCAACAGCCAAGGCGGCUGGGCCCAUGCAAGGAAAGCCCUGGAGAAAUGGGGAGCCGAGGCCCAGCAACUGGGAGUCAACUUUGUGUCAGGUCCGCAAGGCGCCAUGACUGGGCUGCAGGUUGAUGGCUCGGGGGCUCUCAGCGGGAUCCGCGUUGCUUCGGGUGACCUUCUCCAUGCGGAUCGGUACAUCUUGAGCACAGGCGCGGCGUCUCCUGAAGUUCUCCCAGAAUUGGCGCAGGAGCUGUGGUCUAAAUGCUGGCCGUUGGCUCACGUCGAGCUGACAGAAGAUGAGCUGGCGGAGUGGAAGGGGAUUCCUGUCGUCGACCAUUUUGAACUGGGAUUCACAUUUGAGCCCGACCCCGAGACAAGGUUGAUGAAAAUCUGCGAUAAUUGUCCUGGCUAUCAGUACCAGGUUGGGUCUUCCACCGACGAUGCUGGGGAGGUCUCGUCCUACUCGAUCCCAAGGUAUGCAAGCUCCAACCCAGACGAUGGCAUCCCAGCGGAAGCUACGUCCGCCAUCAAACGCUUCAUUGAUGCCGUCAUGCCCCAAUUUUCUGGGAGACCCCUUAUCGACGCGAAAGUGUGCUGGUGUACCGACUCCCCGGACAGUCACUGGCUAAUAGAUGCGCAUCCCAAGCAUCGGGAUUUGCUGUUGGCAACUGGAGACUCUGGCCAUGCCUUCAAAAUGUUUCCAAUCAUUGGUGGCUUCAUUGCAGAUGCACUAGAGGGCCGUGCGAACGGCUUGAGGCCAGAGUGGAAGUAUGGGAAUAGGAAGGCUGCGCCCGCUGCUACCAGACUGGGCACUGAGGUAAAGGACUUGCGAGACGUCUCUGCCUUGUCAUAGAUGAGACUACGGGGAAUAAAAGCGUCACUGUUGCCUUGUUCAUUCUUUACCGAUUGCUUCGUAAUUCCUCCUCGUGUGGCUUGCCGUUUGAUCUCUACUCUUUACCACCCAAUACGAUAAACGAAC